AUCUAUAUAAAGGAACAUUUGUAAACAAGAUGUGAGUGCUAAUGAAACAAUUAAUCAUCACGUAUUUACUGAUAUGUAAACGUUAUCAUACAUAUAAGUAAUCGAGGAAAUGAAAAACCAAUCAGUCCCAUUAAUUUCGGAUAUCUAUUAUAUCUUGAUAUAAUCGAUCAAUAAAACAAAAAAUAAAUAAUGCCUGUUGUAACAGAUGUAUUGGAUUGGAAAAUUUUUCCUGUGGGCAUCGGUUUUUUAAUCUUAACUUUGAUGAUUAAUAAUGUAAUUCCUUUAUUACCUGUAAGUGGAUUUGCGUUUUUAAGUUUUUCCCUAUCGUUUUGGUUUAUAUCAUUAUGUAUAACAUUUUUUUACUUACAUAAGUUAUUGCAAAGAAAAGUACCCCUCAAUUUAAUAAAACCUAUUAAACAUUUUAAAAAACAUAGAGGGGAAAUAAAACCUAAUCCUGAAAAACUGCAAGAAUUCACUGAAGAUAUAGAUAAAUAUUUUGUAAGUAAAUGGUAUGUGUUUAUAAGUCUUGAUACGAAAUUUACUGAAGAAACUAGAUUCUUUAUUGAAGAUGUAAUUAAAAGAAUAGCUGAGGUACAGUCUUGUGUAAAUAAUAAAGCUUUAGCACAUGGAGUUUUUAAUAUAUAUUUGAAACAUUUGAAAGAAUACAGGAGAAGUUUGAAGAGGAAGGAAAAAUAUAAUGGAUCUAUAGAAGAAAUGUAUAGGUAUUCACACAUUGUCAGUAUGAACAAUAAAGUAAAAACAUAUUUUAUACAUCAACUCACAAAGAAUACAAUGAAACAUUUUAUCAAUUCAGAACUCUGGAAUUCCCUCCCUUGUCAUGUAUUAGUAUCAAUUAUAGCUAGAAAAUUAGUAUUAUUUAUAUUAAACUUUAUUUCUCAACCUGAAGUUUUAAAUUAUAAUCUUUUCAAUAUUUUGGCAACUAAAGAAAUAAAGGACGAGUAUAAUUUAAGUAAUUAUAAUAGAAUUUGUAUCAAUCAGUAUUAUAAUGUAGUAGAUUCUAAGACCCAGCAUACAGAUACUAAAGAGAUAGAAAUACCCCGUGAACAAAAAAUUAAAAGAACAACAACUCCUACUGUACAAGUCGAAGAAACUAUUAGAAUUGAACGAAAACCCAAUACAAAUGAACAGGAAAUUAAAAAACGAAAAAAUAGUGUGUCUCAGUAUAAGAAAUCUAAAAUAGUUAAGAAAAUCGAUAGUGCAGAAGAAGUUAAAGAAGAACAACAAAUGAAAUUAACAAAAUCUACUGUUAACGCACCUGUGAAAAUCCACGAACCUAAAUUAACAAGAAGUACAAAAACUUAUGCAGAUACCAAAGACUUAGCAUACGGCAUAUCAUUAGGACAAGAUCCUCUAGAUGUAUUACCCGUAAAAAUAGAAAACGUCAGAAGUAAAAUAGAACAUGUUGAAGAUUCCGCCAACUUACUUUUAAGUGAAGUAAAACAUACUACUCAAUCUACAAUGGAAGGUCUAAAAAGUUCUAUAAAACCAAUAAGUGAUGCGACUGUACAUACACUUCAUAACAUCAAAGAUUUACAGGAAACUACUAUGAAUAAUGCAUUACAUAGAAUUGGCGAUUUUCAGGAUGAAGCAGCCGGUAUGGUCGAAGGUAUUUUAGACUUUGGUAGAGCUGGUUUAAGAAAAGGUCUUAGGCUAACUGGUCUACAAGAUAACAUUGAACAAGCUAAAGCGAGUUUAAAUAUUUCGCAAUCUAAUAAACAGGCAUCAAAAAUGAGAGCCAGUAAAAUUGCAAAAACCGAUUCUACUGAAAAAUCAGUAGUUGAAGAAGAAUCGGUUUGGAUGAACCCCUUACAGAUAGAUUCUCCUAAUUAUGAUGGUCAAAUAUUGUUGGAAAAAUCGUUAGAAAAUCCAGACAGAGAAAAAAGAGACUUGGAUAUUCCUUCUAUAUCAAUGGAAGAACCUUCUUCCGGAACAAAUACUCCUGAUAUAGAAUACGAAGAGACAGCAGACUUAGCGUCUAGUAUAGCUAAGUUAAGAUCUCUCUUACAGCAGAGAUCUUCAGAAUCUAGCAUCUCUACUCCUGCUCUUAGUCCAAUAUGUGUACAGUCGAAAUAUAAUGGUUUUAAAUUUUGGGUUGCUGAUAGGUUACAGUUUUUCCAAUCUAGGCCUCCGGAUGAUUUGACACAGAAACCGCUGGAAGGUGAAAGUACUGUCGAAUCAGAUGAAGUCGAUGGUAUGAUUCCAAGUUUUUAUAAAUUUUGUGCUAAAACAGCAACUGGAGUUUUUGACAAAACUAUCCAUUCUAUCAAGACUGCUCUACCGACUCAUGUACCUGGAUUGGAACACUCGGAUAAUGCUUGGAUUUUUCUACAAACGGACCAAACGGAGGUUGAUGUUUUAACAAGGAUGAAAAAAUUGUUAAAUGAGAGAAAGGAGUAUUGUACAUUAGAUUCAGAAAUUGACACAGCUUACGAAGCUAUAGACUCGUUAGAUACAUUCCAACAAUCUUUAUUUUCGUCAAGUUUAGAAUUUGAAGAUGAAUUAGAUGAAUUCGAAGCCAAAUUGCCUAUCACUAAAUCUCUCAUAGACAUAGCUUGCGAACUCUUAUCAGACACCGAUUCACCUUUUAUAACGGAACCCGUAAUAAAAGCUAUUCUACUCAUAGCUGGAAACGCCAUUGAAAAUUCCUUGGUGGAUAAAAUGGAUCAAUUAAUGGAGGACCUGUGUACAAAUUUGUUAACUGUACCAGAAGUAUCUAAUAGUAACGAAUUAAACUUGGAAAUGGAUAUUUUUGUUCAGUUGAUACUCGCAAGUAUACCAGAUUCCGUUAAAGUUGUUUUUGGAAAAGAUGUUCUUCAAAAAGUCAUCAGCCUAUUAGUUUCUUCUAUACAAAUUCAGAAGAUCAACCAAGAUGUUAUUUUACAAAUUUUUGAGUUGGUUUCGUUGAAGCUUAUAGAAGAGAGCAGUCGUCCAUCUCCACCUGCUUCAGCUUAAAUUUAUAUUUAUACAGGGUCUUACCUAAUUCUUAUUGUUCUCAUAGCAUUUAUUGAUUUUAAAAAUUAAAUAUUUGACUGUUACUGACCUGUUUUAGCUGUUCACUAUUUUCAUUCUGUAUAUAAAUAUGAAAUAAUAUUGAAUAGUCAGAAAUAUCUCCAGUAGAAUCUUGAUUUUGUAUUUUCAAUAAUCUUUCCAAUUAUAAUUUGAUCUCAAAAUGUACCUUCUAAACUGAUUUUUUGAUUUUGUUAACCAAUAAUUUUAUUUUUUGUUGAUUAUAUUUCUAGCAAAAAUGUUCAAGAAUUAAUAGCUUAAACAUUUGAUAUAUUUUUGGAAAUUUGUAUCGAAAAGCUUGUUUUGGUUAUAAUGGAAAUGGCUUUCUAAUUUGGUUUUUAUAUGGAACAAAUUUUCAUCGCAUUCUUAGAAUCUACGAGUUUAAUAUAACUUUUUACUUCUUAGAACUUUUUAUAUGUUUUGUGACGUUUAAGUUUUGAUUUUAACUAUAUUGGCCUCCUCGAUAUCCUUUAUUUCUAAAUAUCAAAAUAUAUACAGCAUAGACAAAUAACUUCAUUUUCAAAAUAACCAAUAUCCGACUGUAACAUUGUACAUUGCGACCUCAAGGUCUGUUGCUCCUUUUGCAAUAGUUCUGCUGUUAACAAAAACGCUUCUCCGUUCCACAUUCUUAUGAAAUGUAGUAUCUGGACUAGUUUCAAGGAGGUCAUAUCCUCGAUCCUAGAAAUUUUUCGUCCAAAGCUGGCUAGUAAUAGUGAGAAUUUCUGUUUUGAAUUGAUAUGUGGGAGCUCGUUGCUUUGAUAGCAUCCUGACGAUUAGUAUCGAUUCUAUUAUUUUAUCAAUCAGUUGUAUAGGUAUUCAGUUUGGAAAAAAUACAACAAGAACUGUAUGCUAACCAGUGUUAGUGUUGGUGUGAUAAGCACCAAAGGAUCCAGAAAUUCUAGCUUAUAAAUUUGUGGUUUAAAACAAAUCUCGUUGUACAUCAUAAAUAAAUAACACAACAUAACUUUACCAAACUUCAUAUAUUUGAAUAUUUUAAGGAUCAGACAACACUGUAAGUUCGUUAAGAUAUAAAUUAAAGUAAAAACAUUUUUCAAUUCAAUUGAUUGUCAAUUAUUUAAUGAAAUAAAAGAUAUACAGUGAAAUUUUAUGAUGUAUGUCGAGAAAUAAAUCGGAGUUAAUUUGGGUUAACUAUCGAUAUUUAUUUUUAUAUAUUAAUAAUUUUGUUGAUCUCUAAGUAUACAGUAAUGGGAACAAUUUCAUUAUGUUGAAUGUAGAGGUAAAGAGAAUCGUCUUGAAUGGGGGAAAAGCUGAAAAAGUGUGUAUAUGUAAACAGCAAAUUAUUGUUCGUACUCACCAAAAUAGCGUUAGUGUAACAAAUGGAAAUUAUGUUUGUUCUUGGUAGCGACACUGGCAGAACUAGUUCAGGAAGUGUACACUAAAGCGUUCUUUGUAGCAGAAUCAGCGUUAGUGUCGCUGUUCUUACUAGCAGUGCAAGAGAAUUAGUUCACCCAGUUCACUGUACUGCUUGCACUGGGUCUAGAGUCAAUUCAGCCAGUCCAGUGCAAUAAGUGUAAUCUGGAAACGGUGGCAUUACAUCUUCGUCAUCGAAUGAAUGUAAAAUAUCAAAUCGUUUUCCAUUAUUGUAAAUACUACAAGGCAUGUAUCUCAUGAAAUAACCUCAAAUACAACAAUCAAAAAAUUUAACAUAUUUAAAAACACUAACACUUAACAAUUAUAUUGUUGACUUUAUUGUGGUUAAUAUAAAUAUGAAAAAAUUUUGAAUAAUGUAUCAGUGAAAAAUUGUACAGCUGAACGAAAAUUGAAAAGUAAAGGAUUUUAUGUCUCAACCUUUUCGACCAACAGUAUGUAUAACACUCGAAAAAUACUUUAUUACCAUGCUUUAAUAAUUUCUUGCGCUGUUUCUAAAAUCUUUCCACUUGCUACUAAAGCGCCACCUUAAUUUGUUCCGUUUUAACAGACACUUUUUGAUUCAAUGAGAUGGUUCUCCUUACCUCUACCGUACAUAAAUUUCAUCAUUAAUCUUGUUUUGUCACUCAUCUUCAACUUUUCUAUUUAAAUAUACAAAAUUGUUAAUUUUCUACUUUCAUGUGAUAUUAACUGUAGUUUUUAUUUCAACUGCCUAAAAUGUAUAAAUGUUAUAUUUUGACUUAUUUAUUGUUUUAUAUUAAAAAUAUUCU